CUUCUCCAAUAAUUCCAAUUAGUCCAAUAAUAAUGGAAAAUGGAUGUUCAUGUGGAACACAAAGUGAUUGUAUUGAUUCAGGAGGAAUUUAUUCUGAUACAACUAAUCGCCAAGAAUUUGCAAUGCCUGGAUUGCAUAUUGGAUGUUCAGUUGUAGACACGUUAUUAUACUCAACAUUUGAAUGCUUAUAUAAUCAAACAUGUAUUGAUUUAUUAUUAUAUUAUAUGAGAACUGUUGUAAAUCGAUAUCCUUAUCAAAUGAAUAUAUCAGCUAUUAAUUCUUCAGUUGUAAGUCGUUUUAAAACAAAUACAGUGAUUGAAACUAUAGCAGAUGAAUUAUUUAUUGAAGAAUGGAAAACUAAUAGUUAUUAUUCAUUCUUUUAUAAUCAAUGUGCUCCUAAUUAUUGUUCUUAUAAAACUCAAAAAGAUCAUUACAUUAUCUAUACUUCAUCGAAAAUUUUAGGUUUAUAUGGAGGAUUAAUUGUUGCUUUACGAUUUAUUAUUCCAUUUAUUACUAAAAUAAUAUUUAAUAUACUUAAACGAUGUCAAAAUAAUACAAUUACUCCUAAUGAAUAA